CCCACCAUAUGGACGUAGGAAUGUGAAUUUAAAAGCUGACAUUCCAACCCGGCCACAUAGCUGUUUGUAACAGUUGAAAGAAAAUUUUGGCUGAUGGGAGGAAGUGAUGAAGAUGAGGAAUGUAAUAUCUGUGUCAGAUAUAAGGAAAUUGAAUUGCUGCAGAAAAAUGAAAUUCAAGUCAUCUGAUCAAAAGAGGUCAUGUUCACUUGAUUUAAGCAAAAAGCACUCAAACAGUAGGGAUAUUCUUGAAAAGGUCAAAAGGCUGGAAAUACAUGGUCUUCCCAUUGUACAUCAUGAUGGAUACGUGUGUGAAUUUCCCUUUAAACAUAGAUUUGCGAUGAGAAAAUUCCAUGGAGUUUUACGAUAUCUCAGAACUGAUAAUGUGAUAUCAAUGAAACAGAUCUUUAAACCAACUGCUAUAGACCCAGAUUUGCUAAAACUUGUGCAUACUCCCAACUAUGUUGACCGAUUCCUUACUGGGAAAACAACAGUUGAAGAGCAGAGACUCACUGGAUUUAAAUGGAGUCUGGGAAUUGUAUCAAGAUGCAGAUUAGAAACAGGAGGAACACUUUUGGCGGGUCGAAUUGCUAUGGAGCAUGGGAUAGCAUGCAGCACAGGAGGUGGUACUCACCACGCCUUUCCUAGCCACGGGGCUGGGUAUUGCCUUUUGAAUGAUAUGGCGGUCACUGCUGCUGUUUUGUUUAAAGAGUGCCAAGUCCAAAAAGUCCUGAUUGUGGACCUGGAUGUUCAUCAGGGUGACGGCACAGCUUACAUCUUCAGCGACAGUUGUGCAAUUUUUACUUUCUCAAUGCACUGUGAAAAAAACUAUCCUUUAAAGAAACAGGCAAGCGACAUGGAUAUAGGGCUUAUAACGGGAAUUUCCGAUACAGACUACUUAAACCACGUACAGUCCUAUCUCCCUUGGCUGCUGGACAGUUUUAGACCUGAUCUUGUUCUGUAUGAUGCUGGUGUUGACCCACAUGAAAAGGAUGAAUUAGGGAAGCUUAGUCUAACAGAUGAAGGGCUAUUCUUGAGAGACUGGUUUGUAAUUGACUCUUGUGUGUCACGUGGUAUUCCAGUUGCUACUGUGAUUGGAGGAGGCUAUGACAGAGAUAUCAAUAGAUUGGCGUUACGUCAUACACUCGUGCACAGAGCCGCCACUAAAGUAUGGCAUGAUCGGAUAUCAAAAAGGUGAUUUUCAUCGAUUCAGGGAUCUGUAAGGAAAUAAAACUUUUCAAUCACAUGAAAUAUAUCUUUAAACGUUUUAAGUGUGAUGUAAAACAUUUUGAUCCCCUGGAACUACCUGUUGGACUUGAGGAAAUGUUUUACUUUCAAAUCCAUGUGGGAACUAGCUGCAGUUUUAAGGAUUUGCAGAUUCGGCCAAAACGUUGCCUUCCCAAAGCAAAAUAUUAAUUUUGAUUUAAUUAUUUUUGUUUUACUAUUUCUUAUUGAUUGCUUGAUCGCAAAACAACGUUGACAAACUUCAACGUUAUACCCAGGUGUAUGUAUGUGAAAGUGUGUAGUUUUUGAGAAUCGAAGAUCAUUAAAGUCUAGAUAUAGUUUU